AUGGCCACUCGAUCACCACAAAACCAAGCGUCUCUAUAUGUUCCCGAAAAUAUCGCUCAUAAUGUCAAAACUAUUACAUUUAUUCGCUCUUCUAUGUCUGCAAUUACCGGUUCAGCUGCUGGAAUCCUAGGGUUAACUGGUUAUUUCGGUUUUAUCUUUUACGGUAUAACCGCUUUGUUCACGUCUUUUCUCAUUUGGGCUUUAAAAACUCAAGCAAAACCAGGGAUAUAUUUUCGUAGCGGAACAGAUGUUUGGACAGAAGGGGUGUUUGGUGGACUAUUUUCUUACGUGCUAUUUUGGACUCUUUUAUAUGGUAUUGUACACGUUUAUGAUUAG